AUGAUUAAAAAUUUUAGAAAAUUACAAUUCUAAGUCUUGAAUUAUAAUAAAAUUGUUACAAUUUCAGAACCCAAAACAAUUGUAGAUAAAAUUAAAGUGGGUGGGCAACUAUUUUUUGGGACUUUAAACCAAGUAAACUUAAAAUAUAUGCAUUAGGGUGUCAAAUCUUGUUAUAAUGACUUUAAGUUAACAAGAUCAUUUGGAGACAGGUUUAAUGCUUACUAAUUAUACCUGAAAUUUCAUGUUGAUAGAGAAUUAUUCAAAGUUUUUCCUUUCUUAUUCAUAUUUCUAUUACCAGGUUCAGUUGCUUAUUUACCAAUGUAUGCAUAUUUAUUUCCAAAUGCAAUACCCACAAAUUUUUUAUUUGAAGAUUAAUACUAGUAGCGAUUAAACUAAAAAUUAAUUCAAUAAAAAAUGGCUUCAAAGCUAUUAUUUUAGCAGUAAAAUAUCAUUAAAAAUUUUAAUAAUGCUACUUAAUUAAAAGAAAUCUAUAUUCUGAAAAAGAAUUUAUUCGAAUAAUAAUUCAACCUUAAAAAUUUGAACUCAGAUUAAUUAAAUCUGAUAUGUUAGCAUUUCUAAAUGGAAUAUAUUUCAUUGCUAAAUGUACCUAAUAAAAUUUAUCAUUUUAUUUUCAACUUUCAUAAUUAUUUUUAUAAUUUUUACUAUUUUUUAAUAAACUCAAAGAAAAGAAAUUUAUACUAGGACCCGUAUAAAAUAAUAAAUAUAGGAAGACCUUUUUUUGUUGAGUUUAUUAGAUAAAAACUAUUAAUAUAUCAACUGGAAAUGUAUUUUGAGUAUGUAAAAUAUUUUUUUAUAUUCUAAGAUUAAUGCUUAGGAUUUAAUCUUUGAUUUUCAGGAUAGAAAUUAUUAUAAAUAUGCUUAAGAAAGGGGUUUGAGCAUAGGAGGACUAAAAUUAGAGAAUUAUAAUGGAGAUUGGGUUAGAUUUACUUAGUAAAGUUAAUUAACAAUUACAUAAAAAAUAUGGUUUUCAAUAUUGUACUCUUAACUAUGAUGAGA